AUGGCAGAUGUGACUCAUGGCUUCCCUCCUAUUCUGACUGACAACUGGCAGCAGGUCGCUCCUGAGUGUGGGAAAAGCUUCAGUCAGAGCUCAGACCUUAUCACGCAUCAGAGAAUCCACACGGGAGAGAAGCCUUACACAUGCUCUGAGUGUGGGAAAAGCUUUCGUUGGCGCUCACAACUUAUCGGACAUCAGAGACUCCACACAGGAGAGAUGCCCUACACAUGCUCUGAAUGCGGGAAAAGCUUCAGUCAGAGCUCAGACCUUAUCACGCAUCAGAGAAUCCACACGGGAGAGAAGCCUUACACAUGCUCUGAGUGUGGGAAAAGCUUUCGUUGGCGCUCACAACUUAUCGGACAUCAGAGACUCCACACAGGAGAGAUGCCCUACACAUGCUCUGAAUGCGGGAAAAGCUUUAGUCGGAGCUCAAGCCUUAUCAGACAUCACAGAAUCCACACAGGAGAGACGCCCUACACGUGCACUGAGUGUGGGAAAAGCUUCAAUCAAAGCUCUAACCUGAACACACAUCGUAGAAUCCACACAAGGGAGAUGCCCUACAGAUGCUCAGAGUGCGGGCAAAGCUUCAAUCAGCGCUCAAGGCUCAUUAGACAUCAGAAAAUAAUCCACACAGGGGAGAAGCCCUAUGAAUGCCGUGAGUGUGGGAAACUCUUCACUCAAAGAUCAGCCCUUAUUAGGCAUCAGAGAAUCCAGACAGGGGAGAGGCCCUACGAAUGCCGUGAGUGCGGGAAAUGCUUCAGUAACAGAUCAGCCCUUAUUAGGCAUCGGAGAAUCCACACUAGCGAGAGGCCCGGUGAAUGCCGUCAGCCUGCCUGCACAACUCACUCAAUUCAACUUGUUUCUGUAGUGGGAGGGUGA